GAAACAAAAUUAAUUAAUUAUUUCAGUUGUAGUUUCUUAGUGAAUCGGUUAACAUGAUCACAAAAGAACUUAUUGUGCUCCUUGUUGUGGCGUUAGCUGUUGACACCAGCCAGACUUCAACUCCAUCAUCACCCUUCUACACAGCAGGUGUAGUUGAAUUUAAAACAGCUUCAAGUACCUUCGAUGCUUCACAGCAAGUUAAUAAUAACUUGGCUGCAUACCUUGAAAUAAUCGCAUCACAAGAGGCAGCUGAAACUGAUAUAAUAGCCUUUCCAGAAGGAACUUUAAACAGCGUGCUGCAAUCCACAUUUGUUCCUGAUCCAACAAGUAAUAUUGUUCCUUGUAAACAAUCUCAAUAUGCUCAUUUUUUGCAAAAGCUAUCAUGUCAAGCUCAAAUUUCACAAAAAUACAUAGUCGUUAAUUUAAUUGAAAAAGAAAACUGCACAAAGGAAACUCAAGCAGCUAAAAAUGAUCCACGACCUUGCUCAAAUGAUGGACUAAAUAUCUUCAAUACGAAUGUGGUAUUUGAUCGGAAUGGAACAGUAAUAUCUCGUUAUCGGAAAUUUAAUUUAUAUUUCGAACCCUAUAAUGUUACCUUGAAUUCAGAGUACGGAGAAUUUAGCACCGAUUUCGGUGUAAAAUUUGGCCACUUUAUAUGCUUUGACAUGCUGUUUUAUACGCCAACUACAGAACUGGUAAAAUCAAAAAUUACUGACUUUGUUUUUACAACAAUGUGGUUUUCAGAACUUCCAUUUUUAACAGCGGUUCAGUAUCAGCAAUCAUGGGCUUACUCAUACGAUGUGAAUCUUCUAGCAGCGGGUGCCAGUAAUCCGUCAGUUGGUAGUACUGGAUCAGGUAUCUAUGCUGGCCGAAAUGGUGCUAUUGUCUCCGUUAUGAAAAGCUCUCCAGAACGAAAAUUGUAUGUUGCUAAAGUCCCUAAGAAAGGUUUUAAAGAAUCAGAAUCAGUACCAGUGAAACAACUUCAAAUCCGAAAAAAGCGAACAAUAACAAGCUACAUGAAAAAUCUACUUGUAAAACGGGACCCACAACUCGAUACUUUCACAAGUUCUCCAUUAAAUAAAUCGGCCAACCAUGACAACCUCUGUCAUAAAGAUUUAUGCUGUCAUUUCCAUUACAAAACCACAAUAUUGACCCCCAUUGCAAAUUCCAGAUCAUACCAAUACCGUUUGGCAGUGUUUGAUGGAGAUCGGAUUUAUGAAGGUAUAAAGCCUUUGGGUUGGUCUGUUUGCUCAAUUCUGGCUUGUAUCAACAAUACAAUACAGGGAUGUGCUUUAGCCUUUGACGAAGAUGUAAUAGUUAGUCCAGAUCUAAGAUUUGAUCAUAUUUUGAUUGAAGCAAACUUUACCAAAACCGAAAAUGGUUUAAUUAUGCCGAAUAGCGUAGAUGACAGUCUUAUGCCUUUGCCAGUGAACAGUUUUCAAUUUAAUAUAACGGACAUUGGAUCAAAAACGAACGCACGCUUUGAGCUUCUGACUCCUAAAGAUGACCUAAUUCAAUUCGGAAUUUAUGUUAAUUUCUUUGGUGAAAGAUCCUCGGCUUCCUUAGGUUUAGUAUCUAACACUCUCAUAGCACUGUGUUUAUUAUUAUUUAUAAUGGAAUUUAAACGUUGGCGUUGGUAAAUUAAAUUGAAGAUAAAAUGCCGGUAAACUGAAAAAAAACAUGGUCAGCUGUAA